UUUCAACUCCUUUUUCUUUUUUCCAUUCUCUGUGGCCAUUGUCUCUGAACUGCAAAAACAUGUUACUAAGAAGUUCCACCGUAUCAAUUCCUAGUUCAUUGCUACCUUAUUCUAAAGAGUCUUCCCCUGAGCCAGAAUCGAUUCUCCAACUUCCUAGGACGCUUUCGAGUCCAGCACACAACUUGGCUGAGGGAGAUCUUCAUAGCCAUACCCCAUCAAAGCCUCAUAAGAAAAAUUGGAUGCCAGUUAGUAACGUUCUUAAGAGUAUGAAGGUAAAAGGAAGUGAUGAAGUGGACGAACCGAAGCAAAAGAAUUACAAGAAGACAACUACUUCUUCAGUUGGAGAAAUGUUUUCAAGUUCUGGUGUUGUGGAUGAUGAAGAGGGUGGUGAAGGGAAGAAAGGUAGCAGGUUGCAGACUUUAGUGAUGGGUGGUGGAAUGGGAAGUGAUGGUGGCAGGAUUUGUGGUGGUUAUGAUGGAAGUGGGUGGGAUUUCUCUGAAGAAAACAAUCAUGGUAGGGAUUGGACAGAUGCUUAUUACCAGAACAUGAUUGAAGCAAACCCCAAUAAUGCUCUUCUGCUUGGAAAUUAUGCUAAGUUCUUGAAGGAGGUUUGUGGAGAUUAUACUAAAGCUGAGGAGUAUCUUGAAAGGGCCAUUUUGGCUAAUCCUGGCGAUGCUAAUGUUUUGUCCCUCUACGCGGAUUUAAUAUGGCAAACUAAGAAAAAUGCUGAACGAGCUGAAGGGUAUUUUGACCAAGCUGUUAAAAGUGCCCCGGAUGAUUGCUAUGUGCUGGCUUCGUAUGCAAAAUUCCUCUGGGAUGUUGAAGAAGAUGAAGAUAAAGGCUGUGAACAUAAAACUGAUCGUGGCCAUGCAUAUCCACCUGAUCUCUUUCAAGAUAAUAGCGGUCGCUCUCAUGUUACUGCAGCCUCUAAAUCUCACUUCUCUGGGUGAUCUUGGAUAUCAUGCAAGACAAAUGACCGUAUAGUUUCAACAAUCAUCCGUGCCCUUUUUUCACCUCUUGGAAGUGGCUAGUGGGUAGAGUUUAGUAUAGUAGAGUAAAGAUGUAAAUAGCUUAUCGCAUAAAUAAGAGAGAGCAGUAUUCUGUUUGUUGUCAUAUGAGCUAGUGAGGCUUCCACUGUCGUAUCUUUUGAGAAUAUGAAAUUUUGGUAGAUAUCGAGGAAUAGAGAACGACCCUUUUAGGGUUAUAUCAUGUUCUUUUAAUUGUUUAUCCUAAACUCGAUUCCUUAAAAAGCGUAAUCACCUAUAUGCAAUAUGAUUACACUUUUUAUGGACACGAGUUGGUUCAUAUGAAAUUCGUGUAAUUCCAGCCUUCUUUUCCUGUCAAAACGUAUAAUAGCUUGCCAUGAAUUCUGUAUAGCUCAAUAGUCGAUUCAGAGAG